AUGACAACACAUCGGACAAAGGCAGUGAGCCCUACGGGGCCCAGAAUCUACCUGGAUACACCCAGGGCAUCAACUGGCACCGUCUUGGCCUCAUCCUACGAUACCCGUUACGACCAGCGACCCAUUCGUGCAAGCUUCAGUACUGUACCCUCAGUCUCGUCCUCGAGUCGGGUGAAUAGCGUCUACGAGACACAACCCGUCAGCAAGAAGACAUACGUCGACCCUACACAUUCUGGCGGCACUAUAUCGAGAACCGAAUAUGCUGUUCGUGCGAGAAGAGAUUCUGCGUCGGGCGACUCUCGCCGACCUCUGAGUCUCGUCACCAAGAAUGUUUCGCCCACAAGGCCGGAAUUUACUGAUACACCUCGGGAAAUGACCUAUAGCAAGCAAUCUCGAGAAGACCCUAAUGCCAGGUUGUUGCAGCCUACCCAACCCAGAGGCUCGGCCCACCACCAGCGUCACAACAGUGCUACAAAGGCUGAGACGAGUCGCUAUUUUGGAGUUGCCGCACCGCGUUCUGACCGAUCUUAUCACAACAGAGGUCCCCAUGUCGAAAAAGUCGCUGACUCGCGUCCUGUGCGCUACGUGGACGAGCCUGUUGUCGAAUACACUGGCCCUCGUGAACAAUUUGAUCGAGAUUAUCCCCGACCGAGACGGCAAAGCUUGACCCGCAGAGAAAGGCCCGUGAGUGUUAUGGAUACCAAGUACGAGCAAGCCCCUCCGCGUCGUGAUACUGCGCCAGCCCCUCCAUCGGCUAACCGACAACUGCAACGCCUCGAACGGGACGACCGCAAAUCUGGCUUCGAAAGCGAUCCCGAUCGUUCCAAAGAUCAUCGGCGUACAAGGAGGAACAGUAGAGGCCCUGUUGUUCAUCAACGUGAUGAAGGCUAUUCUUCUGCAAGAGAUGAAUAUGAUCCUCGAAGGUCUUCCAGACUUCGUCCCUACGACGACGACUCCGUUGCUUCAAGCAAGAGUCGCUAUCGCGAUAGUGAUCUAGAUACUGGUCGCGAGCGCGAGAGAAGUCGCAAAGAGAACGAGCGCCCUCCUGAUCGCGACAGGGACUUGGAGAGACGUGAGAGACGGCCCGAAAGGAUGAAGGAAUAUGAUCAGGACCGGGACCGAGACCGAGAAAGAAAAGCAAGAGACUAUGAAGUUAUCGAGGACAAGGAUCCUCCUCGUCGCCCUCGCCGAAGAGACGAUCGAGAUGCUAGUCCUGAACACUCUUUGCUGAAGACUCUAGGUACCGCUGCUGUGGGAGGUCUGGCUGCUGCAGGUAUCGUCAACAGGAAACCUAAAGACGAGGAAGGUUCGGAUUCUGACAGCAAACGUGAGCGGAGACAUCGACGUCACAGGUCGAGAGAACGAACAGACGACGAUCGUCGUGCUGAAGAUCCCGAAGGACGUAGAAGACGAAAAGAAAGGCGAGUACAACAGGAAGGUCGUGGUGACAGUUCAGGCAGCGACACUCCAGUGGAAGCCACUCGUCAGCGACCACAGUCUCGCACUCGACGAAGACGCGAUACCAACGAAGGACAUGGCUCAGAUCGUGAGGUGUCGCAGUUAGCCCUACCUGCACCGGAGCGCAGGCCCUCUCGUGAGCCUGAUCCAAGUGCUGCUUACACUGAUCCUGCUCGUGCACCAAUACUGGACCGAGGUCAGCAAGAGUCGCCCACCAAUAACGAAGCUCGGCCAUUGUCUCCAGGCGAAGGCGAAGAUGGUCGACCUCGUAGAGUCUCCAUUGUUGAGCCUGUCAAAGACAAGAAAGACGACGUCAAGCCCAAGGGCAUUCUGAAGAAAGCUCGAGAAGUACCGUUCCCAGAGGAUCCGAAUCCGACGCGAGAGGGUGUAGCACCGCUAAAGCAGGCUGGCUCCGAAGGCAUACCACCAGGUGCAAGGUGGACCAAGGUCAGCCGAAUCCUUGUCAAUCCAGAAGCGCUAGAACGUGCCCAUGAGCGAUUUGAGGAGCGUGAUGAUUACGUUAUUGUUUUAAGAGUCUUAAGUAGAGAGGAGAUUGAGAAGUUAGCAGAAAAGACACGUGAGAUCAGAGAACAACGAGAAAGGGAGUGGCAGAAACAGGUUGAGGAACGACGACGUCGUAGAGCUGAGCGAGGUGAACGAGAUACCGAAGACGAAGAUGGUUACGAUGACUCUCCAAGAGAACAACUAGCCCUUGAGCCUCCACCUUCAGCACCACCAGUCGAUCUAAGACAGCUCGCAGCAGGAAACGCGGCCCAACAGUUUCAACCACAACAACAAUCACAACCUCAACCAGCCUAUGCUCCUCAGCAAUCUGCAUAUCCUGCUCAACAGCAAGCCUGGCAGGCCCAAGGCUAUCCAGCGCACCUAGCACAGCAGCAGCCCUAUGUCGCACCUCAACAGCAAGGAUAUCCCCCACAGCACGCACCGCCACCUGCUGCACAACAACCAACGCAACAACAACAAUUCGUUCCUGGACAAUGGCAGACUCCACGGACCUCUGCUGAAGCUAUUGCUGCAACUGCACCAGGACAGCCACUACCAAGUCAACAGCAGCCAGCUCAGCAGCAGUCACAGUACGACGGGAGCUCAUACAGCCACAAUGUAUAA